UCAAAGCCGAUUACAGUCAUUCUAACAUAGUAUUCUCCAAUUCUCUCCAAAGAAAUUUCCCCACGUCUCUUUUGCUUUUUUGCCUUUACCUCUUCAACCAAAGCCCUCCACUGAAACAAAAAGAAACGACUCGAUUUCUCUAGAAAACGACACCCUUCUCCUCCUCGAAGCGACUUUCCUCUUCACCGGCGGCGAACACUUCUCCUUCUUCGUCCUCUUCCCUCUUCCACCUUCACAUCCCAUAAGAGAGAAGAAAAAUAGGCAUUGACUUUUCUCUCUUCGUUUUGUUUAAACCCCAUAACUCAGUUUUUUACCCUUUUAGAAAGAAGUCAGUUGAAAAUGGAGCAAGGGGUACUUGAUGAUAUCAUUAAUCGGCUUUUGGAAGUUCGUGGAAAACCAGGGAAACAAGUGCAGCUAUCGGAAUCGGAGAUCCGGCAACUUUGCGUGGUUUCUAAAGAUAUUUUCAUGCAACAACCUAACUUAUUGGAAAUUGAAGCACCCAUCAAGAUUUGUGGUGAUGUUCAUGGUCAAUAUUCUGAUCUUCUAAGGCUUUUUGAGUACGGCGGAUUGCCUCCAAAUUCCAACUACUUAUUUUUGGGGGACUAUGUUGAUCGAGGCAAGCAAAGUCUGGAGACCAUAUGUCUUCUUCUUGCUUACAAGAUAAAAUAUCCUGAAAACUUUUUCCUCUUGCGGGGAAACCAUGAAUGUGCUUCUAUAAACCGCAUAUAUGGGUUCUAUGAUGAGUGUAAGAGAAGAUUUAAUGUUAGGCUAUGGAAAACAUUCACCGAAUGUUUUAACUGCCUACCUGUGGCAGCGCUGAUUGAUGAGAAGAUCCUGUGUAUGCAUGGAGGCCUUUCUCCUGAUCUCAAUAAUUUGGAUCAGAUACGAAGUUUACAACGCCCAACUGAUGUUCCUGACACAGGUUUGCUCUGUGAUCUUCUCUGGUCAGAUCCAAGUAAAGAUGUUCAAGGUUGGGGAAUGAACGACAGGGGUGUUUCAUAUACUUUUGGGGCUGACAAAGUAUCAGAGUUUCUCGAGAAACAUGAUCUGGAUCUCAUUUGCCGCGCCCAUCAGGUUGUGGAAGAUGGCUACGAGUUCUUUGCCGACCGACAACUAGUAACUAUAUUUUCAGCACCCAACUAUUGCGGGGAGUUUGAUAACUCUGGAGCCAUGAUGAGUGUGGACGAGACUUUGAUGUGCUCCUUUCAAAUUUUGAAGCCUGCUGAUAAGAGGCCAAAGUUUAACCUGGGGAGCACAACCACAGCAAAGCCCGGAAACUCCCCAGCAGGAGUCGAGUGAUUCCUUGGUGCAAAGGUAUGAGAGCAGCAUUUGGCAAAGUAGAUUGCAUGCAUCACCGAUAAACCAGAAUUGGAGUUUUUUUAUUUCAAGAUAUUAUGCUCGACGGUAGGCCUUAGAAAAUGAUGCCUCUCUGGUAUGAAUUUGGGUUUUGAAGGUCGAAAGGCCGUAAUCGUCCUUUCUCUUCUCUUCCUCCUUGUACAUUAAUAGCUGCUAUGAAUUUAAUAGUGUGUUGAGGUUCUCUGCUCUGAGACCAUGAAAGUCUGUUAAAUGACAUUAUUCUUGGUGAGGGACAGCAAAUCUGAAUUUGGUACAA